GUCGUCCACGUCCACCACCGUCCCGCUCGCUGCCCGCCAUGGACCGCCUCGAGUCUCUCGGAAAUGCGCUCUCGCAGAUCACUAUGUACGACAUCAAGUCGAUGGUCAACCAGGCCAAGAACGUCGUCUUCAACGUGAGUGAAAUGGAGGCCAAGGUUAGGGAUGCCACGAACGACGAGCCAUGGGGUGCGAGCUCGACCCUAAUGCAAGAGAUCGCCCAAGGAACAUUCAAUUUCCAAAACUUCAACGAGAUUAUGCCUGCUAUCUAUUCACGGUUUAUGGAAAAGGAAGCACGCCAGUGGCGACAGAUCUACAAAGCGCUGCAACUGCUCGAAUAUUUGAUCAAAAACGGUAGCGAGCGCGUCGUCGACGAUGCGCGUUCCCAUAUUGGCACCAUCAAGAUGCUCAGGAACUUUUACUAUGUUGACGAGAAGGGCAAGGAUCAGGGUAUUAAUGUACGCAACCGGUCAAAGGAACUCGUAGACCUAUUGGGCGACGUCGAGAAGAUCCGCACUGAGCGCCGAAAGGCGAAGGCAAACAAGCACAAGUACACAGGGGUCGGGAAUGAUGCCUUGAGCUUCAAUUCCGGAGGUGGACGCUACGGUGGCUUUGGUAGCGACAGCUUUUACAGCGGGGGAAGCUACAGUGGGGGCGGAGGCAGCAGCUAUAGCGGUGGCGAUCGUGAUUAUGACCGCUACGACGCCGGCGAGAGCAGAACAUACGGAAGUUCUGGCUCGAACGCGCGCAGGGGCUUCCAAGAGUACGACGCCGGAGACGACGACGUCGUUCCCCGUCGAUCGAACUCCGUGGCAGGCACCAGUUCUUCAGUUCAUGCUUCGACGCCUCAACGUUCUUCAACGCUUCCCCCCGCCCCUAUCGAGCCACCGAAGGCGCAGCCCGUGAUCGACCUCUUGGGCAUGGACGACGAUGCCUUCGGAAGUACCGUUUCGGCACCUCCUGAGAAAGCGCUCCCUCCGACCGGUUCGCAGCCUCUGCAAGGCGGCGGCGACGAUGACUUCGACGACUUCCAGAGCGCGCCCCCCUCCGCUGCCCCUACCAAUAACGCUUUCUUCAACACUGUCCCUGCUGCAGCACCCACGGCGCUCCCUCUACCGCUCUCGGCGCAACCGCUUUCCCCACCUGCGACCCAGACGCAGGUCCCCGCCCAGAAUGCGAACAACCUAUUCAACCUGCUCUCCACCGGGGCUCCCGCGGGCGCCGCCCGGACACCAUAUACGUCCCCGCCUGCCGUCCCGACGCAGAACAUGAUGCGGCCGUUAGUGGCCUCACCUCCUCCGUUGGGUGGGGCCCCCCUGAUCCCCAACAGACCACUCCAGCCCACCUCGCCUCCUCCACGUGCGACGACGACGUCUCCCGGGUUUGGAGGUGGGGCCCCGCAGCAGCAGAAGCCGGCGGCCAGCUUCGACGACCUCUGGAACCUGUCGCUCAGCUCGUCCGCGGCCAGCAAGCCCAACGCGCCCGCUGCGCCGCAGAAGAGCAUGAAGGAUCUGGAGAAGGAGAAGGCGCAGGCGACCUUUUGGGGCGCGGGGCAGAGCAAGCCUCCGGCGGCCGCUGGGUUCGGGGCGUUUGGGGGCGCGAGCGCGAGCGCGGCUCCGCCUGCUUCGUCCCAGUCUGCGAACGGGCUGGACGACUUGCUGUUCUGAGCGACGUCGUGUGUGUGUGGGGCUUUGGUCGGGGUGGUCUGGGGAUAACAUAACUUAGGGAUUUGUUUGCUUUGUGUUUGGUGAUAGAGGUGUUAUAUGAUUCGUUCAUGUGCACGGCUCUAACUAUCUCAAUUAUUACUGAUCGCG